AUGAGAAGGGAUGAUAGCCAGUACAGUGAACAGCCAAGACAGCGGCACAUACUAAGGGCUGAAAAUCCCUUGUUCAUUGGAGUGGGUGAUACUGACCACUCCAAACAUGUGCAGGCUCAUAAUAUAGAGAUAGAGCCAGAUUAUGAUCUGGAGUAUGUGCAGGAGUAUGGCACCAGUAUUGACCACCAGCAGAUGGAGUAUGACCACGAUAUGGAGGAACUGCUUCGGCAGCUGCCCAGCCGUCAGUUAGAAGAUGUUGCCGAAGCUGCCUCCCGAGCCUUGUGGAGAAAGCAUUUAGGUUCUUCCACUCGUCAAGGCACCAUGAGGCUCUACAAUCAAGAUGACGUGGAGAAUCACAUUGUUGAAACUCUUCGGCAAGACCUCCAGGAUACUGACCAACUCUACACUGAAUUAGAUGCUGCAGUGAGAGUUAUUCCAACCACGUUGUCCAAGAAGAGAACUAUUAAGAGGACAUUGUCAGAAAAGCCGAGAACACGUAUAUCAAGAUGCAAACUCAUUAAAUACUGGUUUUCUUUGAAAUGGCAAAAAACCAAACACAAGAUUGUGAAGGAAACCAGAUUGUUUGAUUUAUGGAGGUCUCACUUGAAGACAAUUGAGGGAUGUUUUGGAACCAGUGUUGUUUCUUAUUUCAUCUUUCUCAAGUGGAUGCUGCUUGUCAAUAUCCCCAUCUUUAUGCUGACAUUUGCAUUUCUGGUUAUUCCGCACAUAUUGUUCCGCUAUUACAGGAAAGAUCGUCAGAGCGUUUCAUAUGAAAGAGAGGAUUUCACAGGGAUUGAGAUUUUGACUGGAACUGGCUAUUUUGAACAUUCAGAGAUGUACUAUGGGUUCUACACCAAUGAGACGGUGGAAGUAGCCAGUGGCUACAAGUAUGAAAUGAAGUAUGCCUACCUGCUCACCAGCGCUGGCUACUACCUGUUUUGUCUCAUCAUUCUUGGGUAUAGCUACCUCAGGUCCUACCGCAAGUACUACAUUGAGGUCAGUGGGUCCCUUCCCCAGUAUUACUUCAGUUUAGUCAUCUGCGGGUGGGACUAUGGAAUCACGUCACAGGAGACAGCCCAGCUGAAACAACGUAGCCUUUUCAAUGAAUUUAAGGAAUAUUUAGCUGGUCUAAACACAGUCAAAGAAAAACCAACAAGAAGACAGGCUGUGCAGAAAUGGUGUAUACGGCUGUUUGUAUGGGUCUUAGUCCUGGCAUUGAUCUGUGCAUCAGGCUAUGCAACAUAUGUUGUUUCCACUGAGCUCUCAAUCAAACCCAUGCUGGCCAACAGUACAACCACCGUUGUCAGUUCUCUAACGAUGCCAUUUGUUUUGUCAUCCAUUCAACUCAUUGUCCCUAUGAUUUUCUCAUUUUUGGAAGCUUAUGAGCAGUUUUCAAUGCCAAAAUAUGAGCUGUAUAUCCAUAUGUUAAGAGAGCAGUUGCUGAGAGCAGGCAUGCUAGCCGUCUUGGUGUAUUUCUGGCUGAAGCAGGCUUCCUCUCAAGUGAAAUGCUGGGAGACUUUUGUUGGUCAAGAGUUGUAUCGUUUGACUGUCAUGGACAUGAUAUUUGCACUUCUGUAUUCAUUCUUCAUGGAGUUUAUUCGCAGGCUUUGUUCAUUAAAAUGGAAGUCCAUAGAGAGAGCUGAGUUUGCCAUUGCUAGACAUACACUUGAGUUGAUCUACACACAGAGUUUGUGCUGGCUAGGAAUCUUUUAUUCCCCACUGCUUCCCGUAGUAGUAAUUUUAAAGCUUGUUAUCACUUUUUAUGUCAAAAGAUAUAGUGUUACACAGAACUGUCGACCUUCACUAAAGCCAUGGCGGGCAUCUCAAACUCAUACUGUCUUUGUUGGCUACAUCUUCAUCUUUUUUAUCUUCACCUGCAUUGCAGUUUUCUUUGGCAUUUUUGAAAUCAAAUCAAGCAGUGAUUGUGGCCCCUACAAGAGUUAUGAAACAUCGUAUGAUGUUAUGAAGGAACUUAUAUCGAAAUGGAAAAAAAAUUAUGUUGUUUUUGGAGACAUUAUUAACAUUGUUACCUCUUCUGGAUUUGUAGCAGCAGUUUUGGUGUUACUAUGCAUGAUCCUGUACUACUCAAAAACUAUCAUGUCCAGUCGUAAAAACAGAGUUGAGCAGUUCAAGGCACAGUUAAUAUCUGAAGGUAAAGAUAAAAAAUUCCUUCUGAAUUUGCUCACCGAGGUCAAGGUCAGGGGUACAAAGAAUUAUGCAAAACCAGGGCCGGCAAUUCCUCAAACUAUGCAGACACCCCGAGAACCCCGUGAUUUUUUUUAG